AUGCCCCGAGUCUCCGCACCUCUGGUGCUGCUUCCUGUGUGGCUUGUGAUGGUGGCCUGCAGUCCCCACGCCCUGAGGAUUGCUGCUAUCUUGGAUGACCCCAUGGAGUGCAGCAGAGGGGAGCGGCUCUCCAUCACUCUGGCCAAGAACCGCAUCAACCGUGCUCCCGAGAGGCUGGGCAAAGCCAAGGUCGAAGUGGACAUCUUUGAGCUCCUCAGAGACAGCGAAUAUGAGACUGCAGAAACCAGACAGCUCAAGGAUUAUGAGGAUUAUGCCUCCAAGAGCCACUUGUCGAGCUGCUCAGCAGUGGGCCGUUUCUUCCAGAAUCAGUCCCAAGGUGUCCCUCAUUUCAAAGUGGCCCCAGAGGAAUUUAUCAAGUUCCAGCUCCAGAGAUUCACCACCUUGAACCUGCACCCCAGCAACACCGACAUCAGCGUGGCUGUGGCUGGGGUCCUGAACUUCUUCAACUGCACCACGGCCUGCCUCGUCUGUGCCAAAGCAGAAUGUACGUCCCUCCUCCCCAUCCUCCUGAAGGUGGGCGCCCUCCUCCCCAUCCUCCUGAAGGCAGCUGAGCUAGGGAUGGUGUCAGCCUAUUACACGUACAUCUUCACUAAUCUGGAGUUCUCGCUCCAGAGCGUGGACAGCCUCGUGGAUGACCGUGUCAACAUCCUGGGAUUUUCCAUUUUUAACCAAUCCCACACUUUCUUCCGAGAGUUUGCACAGAGCCUCAACCAGUCCUGGCAGGAGAACUGUGACCACGCACCCUUCCGCGGGCCCGCGCUCUCCUCGGCCCUGCUGUUCGAUGCCCUCUACGCUGUGGUGACCGCGGUGCGGGAGCUGAACCGGAGCCAGGAGAUCGGUGUGAAGGCCCUGUCCUGCGGCUCAGCCCAGAUCUGGCAGCACGGCACCAGCCUCAUGAACUACCUGCGCAUGAUUGGCCAGUGGCACGUGGCAGACGGUCUCAGCAUGGACAGCGGCCUCUACGCCUCCAACACAUCCAACAGUCUCUUCAACACCACCCUGGUCGUCACCACCAUUCUGGAAAACCCAUAUUUAAUGCUGAAGGGGAAUCACCAGGAGAUGGAAGGCAAUGACCGCUACGAGGGCUUCUGUGUGGACAUGCUCAAAGAGCUAGCAGAGAUCCUCCGGUUCAACUACAGGAUCCGCCUGGUUGGGGAUGGCGUGUAUGGCGUUCCCGAGGCCAAUGGCACCUGGACAGGAAUGGUCGGGGAGCUGAUCACGAGGAAAGCAGACCUGGCUGUGGCUGGCCUCACCAUUACCGCUGAGCGUGAGAAGGUGAUUGAUUUCUCCAAGCCGUUCAUGACUCUGGGGAUUAGCAUUCUUUACCGCGUUCACAUGGGACGCAAGCCCGGCUACUUCUCCUUCCUGGACCCGUUUUCUCCAGGUGUCUGGCUCUUCAUGCUUCUCGCCUACCUGGCCGUCAGCUGCAUCCUCUUCCUGGUGGCUCGGUUGACCCCUUACGAGUGGUACAGCCCGCAUGCCUGUGCGAGGGGCCGGUGCAGCCUGCUGGUGAACCAGUACUCCCUGGGCAACAGCCUCUGGUUUCCGGUCGGGGGCUUCAUGCAGCAGGGCUCCACCAUCGCACCGCGAGCCUUGUCCACACGCUGUGUCAGCGGUGUCUGGUGGGCAUUCACGCUGAUCAUCAUCUCGUCCUACACGGCCAACCUGGCCGCCUUCCUGACGGUGCAGCGCAUGGACGUGCCCAUUGAGUCGGUGGACGACCUGGCCGACCAGACCACCAUCGAGUACGGCACCAUCCAUGGCGGCUCCAGCAUGACCUUCUUCCAAAACUCCCGCUACCAGACCUACCAGCGCAUGUGGAAUUACAUGUACUCCAAGCAGCCGAGCGUGUUCGUGAAGAGCACGGAGGAGGGGGUUGCCAGGGUGCUGAACUCCAACUACGCCUUCCUCCUGGAGUCCACCAUGAACGAGUACCACCGGCAGCGGAACUGCAACCUCACGCAGGUCGGAGGCCUGCUGGACACCAAGGGCUACGGCAUCGGCAUGCCUGUCGGCUCAGCCUUCCGGGACGAGUUCGACCUGGCCAUCCUCCAGCUGCAGGAAAACAACCGCCUGGAGAUUCUGAAGCGCAAGUGGUGGGAAGGGGGUAAGUGCCCCAAGGAGGAAGACCACAGAGCCAGAGGACUGGGAAUGGAGAAUAUUGGUGGAAUCUUUGUGGUUCUUAUUUGUGGCUUAAUCGUGGCCAUUUUUAUGGCUAUGUUGGAGUUUUUAUGGACUCUCCGACACUCAGAAGCUACCGAGGUAAACCUCCAAAGGGGUCUGACCUAUAGUGUGUCCGUCUGCCGGGAGAUGCAAAGGGCAAUUGUUCGGGGGGCGGCGGGGGAGCCCGAGCAGCAUGCGCAGCAGCUAGCCCGGGUGGCGGCGCUGGUGGCCCCCGGCUGCGCGCACGUGCGAGUCUGCCACGAGUGCCGCCGCUUCCAGGGCCCGCGCCGGCCCGCGCGCAGCGAGGAGAGCCUGGCCUGGGACCGGGCGCCCGGCGGCGGCGGCGAGCCCGAGUAG